AUGGCGGAUACCAUGAACAAGGAGGCUGUUGUGGAGCUCCAGGCCAAGCUGGUGGAUGCCACAGCCAAGCUCAAGCAGGUCCAAAUGCAAAUGCGGACCAAAGAAACCGAGAAGAAGCGCGCUCUGUUGACACUAGACGAGAUCAACUACCUAGACGAUGAUACACACACUUACAAAUCAGUCGGUAAAUUUUCGCAUGUUGUUUUCUUCGUCCCUGAGUUUUUUUCUUUCUCCAGGCAAAGCGCUUCCAAGGAGUAUCUAGAACGGCAGCUCAAAGAAAUCGAGGGUAAUUUCAAGGAACUGUUGCAGCAAUCACCAUCCCUCGCAAGACAAGUCAUGGCAAUGUCAGUGACAUAA